AUGACUAGCGAAUUCCUGGCGGAGCUGCAUUGGGAGGAUGGGUUCGCCAUCCCGGUGGCGAAUGAGGAGAACAAGAUACUGGAAGAUCAGGCACUGACCCUGCAAUUAGAAAGACUAACUUUGGAAUGUAAUCAGAGAAGAAAAGUACUUGACCAUGAACUUACAGAGACUCUAAGUGCACAGUUGGAAUUGGAUAAAGCAGCACAAGAUUUUCGUAAGAUUCAUAAUGAAAGACAAGAACUCAUUAAACAGUGGGAGAACACAAUAGAACAGAUGCGGAAGAGGGAUCAAGACAUAGAUAACUGUGCCUUGGCAUUAGCAAGGAUAAAGCAGGAAACAAGAGAAAAAGAAAGUUUGGUUAAGGAAAAGAUCAAGUUUUUGGAAAGUGAGAUUGGGAAUAACACAGAGUAUGAGAAAAGAAUCUCUGCUGCUGAUCGUAAACUUUUAAAAUGUAGGACGGAAUAUCAGCACCACGAAACUAAUAGAAGUCAACUGAAGGAUGAGCUGGAUUCUUUAAAAGCCACCGUGAAUAGAACUUCCAGUGAUUUAGAAGCUCUGAGGACAAAUAUUUCUAAAAUAAAGAAGGACAUUAAUGAAGAAACAGCAAGGUUACAGCAAAUUAAAAAUCAUAAUGAGAUCAUUAAAAAAAACUUAAAGCACAUAACUGAGAAAACCAUGUCUGUAGAAGAGAAAGCUACCAAUUUGGAAGAUAUGCUAAAGGAGGAGGAAAAAAGUGUAAAGGAAGUGGAAGUUCAAUUGAACAUAGUGAAAGAUGUGCUAUUUAAGAAAGUUCAGGAGUUACAGACUGAGACAAUGAAAGAAAAAGCUGUUGUAUCAGAAAUCGAAGGGACCCGUUCCUCUCUAAAGCAUCUCAACCAUCAGUUACAUAGACUGGAUUUUGAAACCUUGAAGCAGCAGGAAAUUAUGUACAGUCAGGAUUUUUACAUUCAACAAGUGGAACGGAGAAUGUCACGGUUAAAAGGAGAAAUUAAUUCAGAAGAAAAACAAGCCCUUGAAGCAAAAAUUGUUGAACUUAAGAAGUCAUUGGAAGAGAAAAAAUCUACAUUUGGCCUUUUGGAAACACAGAUCAAGAAGCUUCAUAAUGAUCUUUACUUUAUCAAGAAGUCAAACAGUAAAAAUUGUGAUGAAAAACAGUGCCUUAUGACCAAAAUAAAUGAACUAAACCUUUUCACUGAUAGAUCAGAGAAAGAACUUAAUAAAGCCAGAGCUUUUAAGCAGGAUUUGAUGAUAGAGGACAAUCUUUUAAAACUUCAAGUUAAGCGUACUCGAGAAAUGCUUCACAAUAAGGCAGAAGAAGUUCUUUCCCUGGAAAAAAGAAAACAGCAGAUAUACACAGCUAUGGAAGAGCGAACUGAAGAAAUUAAGGUUCAUAAAACAAUGCUUGCAUCACAAAUAAGAUAUAUUGACCAAGAACGGCAAAACAUAAG